AUGGAUUCCUCACAAUACUACUACAACCACCAUCACCACCACUCCCACCGCCAUCAUCACAAGUCACUAUCGCAGCAACAGUCGUCCACCUCCCUCUCGUCGACGAACCGGGGAACCCCGCCGCUGCAUACCCAUCUCCCCUCCUCUUCUUCUAUGCCUUUGAGGACGGCAAACAGUACACCGAUGUCCUCUCCUGGCCUCUUUAGUCCUUCGGCCUCCCGACAAAACCUCGCCACCUCUGUUUCCGAGAACAACACGCCUCCCAAUUAUGCACAGAGUCCACUACUGCAUCCUCUGCAGAUGCACAAAGUUAGAGAGACGCACAAGGCGCUCAUUGAUUCAGAUACCGCUACGGGCCGGAAACUUAUCAACCAAUAUGAAGUGAUCGAAGAAAUCGGCCGUGGCAUGCACGGCAAGGUCAAGCUGGCUCGGAACCUCGAGACCGGUGAAAAUGUGGCUAUCAAGAUUAUUCCACGUUUUUCUAAGAAGCGACGUCUCGGGAAGGUUACGGCAAAGUCUCCCCAAGACAAGACGAAGAAGGAAAUUGCUAUCUUGAAGAAAAUUCGCCACCCCAACGUAGUCGCCCUCCUCGAAGUCAUCGACGACCCUGAACUAAAGAAAAUCUACAUGGUUCUCGAACAUGUAGAACUUGGAGAAGUCGUAUGGCGAAAGAAAGGCCUCCCUCACAUCUGUCUGUACGAGCGACGACGCAUAGAACGCGAGAUGCGAGGCGAGCUUCCCACCCCCGAAGAGGAUCGCUACGAGCAGCUUCUUGAGCACCGCCAGGCUGUGAAGCAGAUGAAGCGAGCUAAGAUGGCUCAAAACUACCCCGGCCAGAUGAACUGGAGUUUCGAGAACGGCGGAGCGGAUGAGCCCAGCAGUAGCCUGGGAAGUCAGUCCCGGUCAAUGCAAGAUUUCGUCAUGAGUGAUGGCCCGCCAUCCCGACCUGCUUCUCGACAGACAUUCCGUGAAGAAUCAAGGAGACAUUCUCGAUCACGCUCUGUUGUUUCAUCAACCCGUGCGGUAGAAGACCCCGAUGAGUUCGUCAACUGGGAAGACGACAUGGAAACCCCUCUAGGCCUUCGAUCUAACCCUACCUCCAGCACUGCUUUGGAUGGUACCAUGUAUGGUCCAUAUGUGGAUGAGGGCUUCCGUGGUCGCUCCCCCAGUAUGGCCGACUCUAUUAUUUCUCAUAUGUCGUCUCUUGACUUCAAUCCUCAACAACAUGACCCCUUCUCGGACGACUUUUCUUACGUUCCAUGCUUCACUUUCGACCAAGCACGUUCGACAUUCAGGGACACAGUAUUAGGAUUAGAGUAUCUACACUAUCAGGGUGUUGUCCACCGUGAUAUCAAACCGGCGAAUCUCUUAUGGAGCAAGGAUCACCGUGUCAAGAUCUCCGACUUUGGCGUUUCCUACUUUGGUCGGCCUAUUCGUGAUGGCGAAUUUGACGACACUGUGUCAGAGUCCGAGGCCAAGGACUUCGACGAUGAUCUCGAACUCGCCAAAACUGUUGGAACACCUGCCUUCUUCGCUCCCGAGUUGUGCUAUACCGAUUUGGACACAGAACAGCCAAAGGUUUCUGAACAGAUCGAUGUGUGGUCUCUUGGUGUGACCCUCUACUGUCUGAUCUACGCCCGAAUCCCGUUCCUUGCUGAGGAUGAGUUUCAGAUGUUCCGUAAGAUUGCCACGGAAGAGGUUUAUAUCCCUAAACGCCGAUUACUCCCUGUUCAUCCUUCCACCUCACCAGCUGCUACAUCCCUUUACAAGCGACAGAAUACUCACCCCUAUCGUGACGACAAUGAUUUGGUUUAUGAGGAAGUCGACAAUCUUCUUAUUGAUCUCUUGCGACAGAUGCUCACCAAGAACCCGGAAAGGCGUAUUCGACUCCGAGAUAUUAAGCGCCACCCAUGGGUCGUCCAAGACAUGGCGAACCCUAUCGGCUGGCUCGAUGAUACUGAUCCUGCCCGCCCAUCAUCAGGUCGCAAGAUCCAAGUUGAUGAGAGGGAAAUGUCCUCCGCUGUUGUGCCUCUUACCUUUCUGGAGCGUGCUCGCUCAGUGGUUAAGAAAGCUGUAGGCAAGGUAAUGCACCCCCUGGUGGAACGAAGUGAUAGCAAAACGCGACGUCGAGCCAACAGUAGUGCCGCUAGCUCCGCCGGUGACAGUGUCAGUAUGUGCAACAACGGACCUCCGACUCCUCACCAACAAUACCGUGAUAACCGACGCAAGAGCCUUCGUCCGGAUGACUAUUUUGCGAACGCGAUGCGUGAUGCUUCUGCCGCACCCGAGCAUCCCCUUUCAGUCAGCACAGCAGCUAGCCCUCAACCCGAAUCUGUCAUAUACGAUCCUCUAGCAACAGUCCUUCCAGAAGCUGGCGUUUACCGGGGACAUGCCCAUGCUCACAGUGAAAGUGAGUCUCACCGUGAACCCGAAAAGUCUGUCUCGGCAGCCUCCCUAUGGCCAUUCCAUCGCCAUGCCCACAGCCAUGGACAUAGCAAAACUACACAGCACUUCUUCCACUUUGGCAGCAACCUGCCCAUCUCUCAGACUACACCUACAACUCCGAGCUUCGCCAGUCAAGCUGAUUCACAAGAAGACUCUGGAGCUGAGACCAUUCGCAAGACUCGUGAUAUGGAUCCCGUGGACGCAAUGGAUGAAAGCUCUCGAUCAAAAUCUGUCGAUCGCGGUCUUUUUUCCAAUUCUGACAAGCGUGCUGAGCCCAAGGUGGGUGUGAAUACCACAGUUGUCCCUGGCAAUGUUCAACUACCCACUCGACAUGGACGACAGCCCGUGAAGUCUGUUGACUUGGGAAAUAUCUCACAUCACAGGCGGCCUGAGCCAUCGCUUCUAUCUUCAUCUCUUGCUGCUGCUGCGGCCGCCGGACAUCGACACAGUCAUUCAGAAUCGACAUAUACUGCCGACGCACAUACGUCCACCAGGACCAGACCUCGGUCUCUGCAACGAAUGGACAGCGCUCCCAUCACCAGAACAACACCCCCUCGUCCUUCGGAAGAACUCUGCAUGCGACGAUGUGACCGACCGCAAUCAGAGCAUAUUAGCUUCUCCUGCCCGCCAUCGCCUAUUCAAGAGGAGUGGGAUCGAGAUGAGCCUCUUCCUCGUGCAGACACCAUGCCCACUACAAAGUCGUCGAGCAUAGAUUCCAUGGAGGCUUUGGCCACACCUUCGACUAGCCCAAGUGAAGUUACCAGUCCCGUCUCGGCACUCCCUUCAACGGCUAGCACCUCGGAGAGAAUGCUGGCAUUCCAGUCCGACCCCUCCUUGCCAGCUCUACUAAGUGGUGCCAGCUCUGUCUCAGCCGAUAUGGAAGCUGAACUCCUUUGCAAACCAGGCAUUGUCAGCGCUCAUCCUGAAUUGCUCGAGACUACCGAUAGUCUGACGCCACCAGGAUUUGACAAGGAAUCCGAUGGCUUCCCUAUCGAUCAGGUUUAUGGUCACCCUUCUGCCAUGGACAGCGGCUCCCUUGCUGUACACCUGGAGGGUAACGCACGAGACUCCGUGACAAGUACGCCCGUUGCACGACCUGUGGAUGAUGAGUCCGACGACGAUGGCAGUGAUGAUGGGAUACUCCUGAUGGCCAAGUCGAAGAAGAAGCCAAUACAAAGCACACAACGACCUGCAGCGUGCUAUCCUCCUAAGAGACGUGAUACCAACAUUAGCAUUGCAAGCACUGAGACUGCCAAGAAGGUGCCGACCUCUACAUAUGGUGACGAGGGGACGUCACCCUAUGAACCAUGA